CUUUUAGGGUAAAUAACUGCAAGACAGGAGUAGCUGCUGUCUGCACAGUGGGCGAGGUUUGAAGGUUGGGACAGAGACAAAAGAAUACGUUGGCUAACAAAGCCAUAACCCGAGAUUUAACACAACACACCACAAAAUAGUUCGGAACUGAAUUUUAAACUGUCAGCUAGAUUGGUGAACAAACGUCCAUGGGUGUUCGGCUAUGGAAGUAAUGUAGGCUGGUCGUAGCUUAUCUCAGCGAGAUGAAGACAGGAAUAUUAACAAAUCAAUUGGAACACUAAGCCUAGAAAAUGAACGGUUUCCAGUCCAGUCCACCGGAGUGUCCAGCGGGGAGCGUCUGCUCGAUUGAGGGCUUGCCUCCCCUGCCGAAAGGCCUGAGCGGAAUCUUAAACUCUAGCGGCGGCUCCUGGCGGGACAUAGAGAAGGUGUACAGUAAGAGGACACGUAUUCAGGCCGACAUCAGCAAGUCCCGGGUGAGUGACUCCCUUGGUCGAAGCAAACCAGCAAGCCUGGAUGCAGCAUUGGCUAUGCUGCGGAAAGAAAUGGUGGGCUUAAGGCAGUUAGAUAUGUCUUUACUCUGCCAGCUAUGGUCACUCUAUGAGUCCAUUCAGGAAUACAAAGGUGCCUUCCAAGAUAUCUCAUCCUCUUUGCUGUCAGAGAGUUCUUUCACCACUGAAAACGGAUAUUCUGAUGAGGAGGAGGAAGAGGAGGAAGAGGAGACUGAAGGAGGAAGAGAGCCUCAGGAUGCCCCUAGGUCCACUCUGCCUCAACUAGCCCAGAACUCCCGUGACCAGUGGAUAAAAGACUCCUUCCAUAUCCCCAUAUAAAUGUAGCAAUUUCCCAUUGUAUCUAUCCUAGUUCCCCUGUCCAAACAGAAGCUGCUUUAUUUUGGAUUCAUAUUGGCCUUAAAGAUAUCAGUGUCAUAAGUGAUGUGUUUGCUCUUACAAAUGAAGGGUCAUUCAUUUCACAGGCUGUUCAUGUUUUUUUUUUUUAAGUACCCUGAAAUGAAGGAAAUGUAGCCUAUUCCCCUCCCUCUGUGAAUUGUGAAAUGCCGGAUGAGGAAGAAAAGCAGGAAGAGGGAAACGAUGACAAAAAGAGGAAAGGUGUUUCAUUUUGCCUCAUGCAUCUCUGCAUUAGUGUGGACUCAUGUUGCUCCAACCUCCAAAUGUAUAGUACAAGAUACCCAUAAUAUAAAUGUUAAUCUUGCUUUGUGGCCACGUGUAAUUACCCCUAUAUGAAGAUUGUAUUUCCAACACCAUGUAAUCUGUAUCUACAUUUGUACAAGCAUUUUACAUUGUUUUAUCUUUUGUAGAAAAUGUUGCAUAGAUUGCAUAUGACUGAAAUUGUGAAUUUGUGAAUACAAUGCGUUUUAUUAAAACCUUAUGAAACUUA